GAGGCCGCGCGCCCAGCCCGCCCGCACCGCGCCAUGGCCCCGCGCGCCCGGCGGCGCCGCCAGCUGCCCGCGCCGCUGCUGGCGCUUUGCGUGUUGCUCGUCCCGCUGCAGGUGACCCUCCAGGUCACUCCUCCGUGCACCCAGGAGAGGCAUUACGAGUAUCUCGGACGGUGUUGCAGCAGAUGCGAGCCAGGAAAGUACCUGUCUUCUAAGUGCACUCUUACCUCUGACACUGUGUGUCUGCCCUGUGGCCCAGAUGAGUACUUGGACACCUGGAAUGAAGAAGAUAAAUGCUUGCUGCAUAAAGUCUGUGAUGCAGGCAAGGCUCUGGUGGCAGUGGAUCCUGGCAACCACACAGCCCCGCGUCGCUGUGCCUGCACGGCGGGCUACCACUGGAAUGCAGACUGCGAGUGCUGCCUCAGGAACACGGAGUGUGCACCCGGCUUUGGAGCUCAGCAUCCCUUGCAGCUCAACAAGGAUACGGUGUGCAUACCCUGCCUCCUGGGCUUCUUCUCAGAUGUCUUUUCGUCCACAGACAAAUGCAAACCUUGGACCAACUGCACCCUCCUUGGAAGGAUAGAAGCACACCAGGGGACUUCGGAAUCAGAUGUGGUCUGCAGCUCCUCCCUGACACUGAGAAGACCACACAAGGAGGCCCAGGUUUACUUGCCCAGUCUUAUCGUCCUGCUCCUCUUCAUCUCUGUGGUAGUAGUGGCUGCCAUCGUCUUUGGCGUUUACUACAGGAAGGGAGGGAAAGCGCUGACAGUUAAUUUGUGGAAUUGGGUCAAUGAUGCUUGCAGUAGUCUAAGUGGAAAUAAGGAGUCCUCGGGGGAUCGUUGUGUUGGUUCCCACUCGGCAACCUCCAGUCAACAAGAAGUGUGUGAAGGUAUCUUACUAAUGACUCAGGAGGAGAAGAUGGUUGCAGAAGACGGUGCUCGAGUCUGUGGGCCUGUGUGUGCAGCAGGCAGAGAUUCUAGGACGUUCACGUUGGUCAGCGAGGUUGAGACGCAGGGGGAUCUCUCAAGGAAGAUUCCCACGGAGGAUGAGUACACGGACCGGCCCUCGCAGCCUUCGAAUGGUUCACUGUUCCUAAUCCAGCAGGGAAGCAAAUCUAUACCCCUGUUCCAGGAACCCCUGGAAGUGGGGGAGAAUGACAGUUUAAGCCAGUGUUUCACGGGGACUGAAAGCAUGGUGGAUUCUGAAGGCUGUACCUUCACUGAGCCUCCAAGCACAACUGACUGUCUGCCUGUGUCCCCUGAAAAGCACCCGACAAAAGAAAUAGAGGGUGACAGUUGCCUCCCCUGGGUGGUCAGCUCCAACUCAACAGAUGGCUACACAGGCAGUGGGAACAUUCCUGGGGAGGAUCAUGAACCCUUUCCAGGGUCCCUGAAAUGUGGACCCCUGCCCCAGUGUGCCUACAGCAUGGGCCUUCCCAGUGAAGCAGCAGCCAGCAUGGCAGACACGGAAGUGCAGCCCCAGGACAGGGCUGAUGCAAAGCUUUCAAGCUCAGAGAGGGGAGCCUCAGGGUCUGGGAGCUCCCCCACUGAGCCGCCUGCCUGUGGGAACGUGACGGGAAACAGUAACUCCACGUUCAUCUCCAGCGGGCAGGUGAUGAACUUCAAGGGUGACAUCAUCGUGGUGUAUGUCAGCCAGACCUCGCAGGAAGGCCCGGGGCCCGCAGAACCGGAGUCGGAGCCGGUGGGCCGCCCGGUGCAGGAGGAGACGCUGGCACGCAGAGACUCCUUUGCGGGCACCGCGCCGCGCUUCCCAAACGCCUGCGCCACCGGGGCUGGGAUGCAGGAGCAGGGGACACCCCUGCAGAAGGACGAGGCAUCGCGGCCGGUGCAGGAGCAGGGUGGGGCGCAGGCCUCACUCCAUACCCAGGGGUCCGGACAAUGUGCAGAAUGACCUCACCUUCUCUGCCUGCCCAAAAAACAUGUUGUGGCUAUCCUCUGUGUGCUUCCUCACCGGUGCAGGCUGUGGGCAUGGUGGUGAAGCCUACCUCUCACUUUCUCCGGUGCCCCCUCCUCUGCCUCCUACCACACGGCCUUUUUUGCAACGUUUGUGUCUUGCAUUAUUGAGAUCUGUAUCACCCCACCCCCAUAUUUAUUAUUCACUUGCUUUUGUAGUGUUUUCUGAUAUUUUUUUCUCUCUCAUAUAUAUGUAUACAUAUAUGUAUGUAGUAUGUAUAUAUAUACAUAUAUACAUUCCUGAUAAUUCUCAAGGUGCUGUCCCCUUUACAUUAUUUUGCACUCCUCCCAUCUGGCUUUUGCCAGUGUCCUCUAAGCACUUUCAGAAAAUGGCCAGAUGUGUAGAGCUAGGGAGUGAAGUGUAAGAAAUGAGAAGAGGGAUUUUAUUUUCUGAAAACAGUCUGUGUCUCAAUUUUUCUCCAAAGAGUGAAAGGGACACAUGGCCACCAGCACUUAGGCUCUUAGUUUAUGCAGAUCCUUGAGAGCCAAGUUCAGGUGGCCUUGUCCCCUGCUCGUUUUUAUUUUUGUUUUGUUUUUUGUUUUUUUGUUUUUUUUUUCCACAGUGGCAGGUACUUAGCCACUAAAUCUCAAAAAAAAAAAAAAUCAUACGUUUUGUGGUUUUGGCAUUCUUAGUUUUUAAACGAUUAACUGUCUAGAAAAGAUGGAGGGAGUAAAUAGGACGUAAGGCCAAAGGAAGAAAUGAAGGUGCCAGGGAAAUUCAAGAAAGAAUGAAUAAAGUUGACAUGUCAAUUUGCUUUUGCUCUUCCUCCAUUAGAAUGUCAGAAACACACUUAGGCAGUGGGCCCUCUUUUCUUCCAGAGUAUUUGUGCGUGAGUAAUUUAGCCUUAUGGAAGUAAAAAAAAAAACUCGUGUGUGUGUGUGUGUGUGUGUGUGUGUUGCUUCCACAUCUAAAUAAAUGACAAACCAGGAGAUCUAAAGAGACGCCUCACACACAGUUAAGAAUAAGAAUUUGAGUUCAAUACCCAGUAACCCAUUGUGCAGUCCACAACUACAAGUAAUUCCAGCUCCAUGGGAUCCCAUGUCCUCUCCUGACCUCUGAGAGCAAACACACACACAUACUCUCACACACACUAAAUUACAAAUCUAAUCUUAUGAGGUAAAUGUAAGAAAAUCAAUUGUCCUACAGGUGAUUUUCUUUUGGUGGGUCCUUAUACAGGAAAGCAGUUUAAAACUGAAAGAGGCACUGGCAUGGUUUAUCAAGAGCACUGGUUCCUGGAUAAUGGAGAAAAAGCUAACCACUUAAGUGAACUGCAAGCAGUUUUGUAAUUGUUGGAGUCCAGGAGUCACCUCACAAAUCAUUCAAACAGCCACCUCAGACAGGAAUGGCUUAUUUAGCAUAUGCCGCAGGACUAAUCAAUCAGGGCCACCAUUCAGGCUCAGACGCUGAACCGUGACACUGAGUUAAGAUCCUACAAGGCCUUUAAGCCUAAAAUCCACAAACAUCUGUGCCAAGUUAUUUCACCAAUCAGGAUUUAGAGAGAGGGGAUUUUCUUACGAACAUUUCUUUGUUGUACACUUAUCCUGUUCUCAUUGGUUGGGGUAUUCAACUGUGGGAGGGGACUUGACUUGUCUAACAUUCACGUCCUAACUUGCCAACCAGAAUGUCAGUUACCCAUGUACAUGUCUCUUUCUGCCAAGUAGAAUGUCAGUUCCCAGGGAGGUCUUGGGAAUUUAAACUUUACUUGACUC